CGGCAAAACGCGCCUCCUGGGCCGUGCGCGCCCCUCUCCCUGCCACCCCGUGCACGCACCGCCACGCAUGGGCAGCAGCUCCGGCAGUUGCUGGAAUGUUGUCCCGAGUCGUCCGUACAUGCUGGCCCCUGGGCUUCCCGAACCGCUGCCCCUGUUUAACCAGCCGAGGGCCAGGCUGGGUCGCCAUCAGCAGCAGUGCCCGGUUCCGGAAACGAAACGGCUUCGGGAAAGAUCUAGAAAAGGAGUUUGUCAAAUUUAGACAGAAGGCAAACAAAGUACUCCCUGGCAGUGACUGGAGUCCACUGCAUCCCCAGACUCCUGGACUGCCACCUGAGUGGGCUGACAUCGUUAUUGUGGGAGGAGGGGUAAUUGGCUGGUCCACUGCCUACUGGUUGAAGAAAAAAGAGGCAAUUCGGGAAGGGGUCCGAGUGGUGGUCAUAGAGAAAGACCCAACUUAUGCCAAAGCCUCCACAGUCUUGUCUGUAGGAGGAAUUCGCCAGCAGUUCUCUCUGCCUGAAAAUAUCCACCUGUCCAUUGAAUCUGCUCACUUCCUUCGCAAUAUCCAGGAGCACUUAAAUGUGGUGAAUGAGGAUCCUGUGGAUAUCCAGUUCAAUCCCUCAGGCUAUCUAUUUCUGGCUGGACAGGAGCAGAGUGCAAUUUUGGAGGAAAACUAUCGAAUUCAGAGGGCUGAAGGAGCAGCAGUCACUCUGCUGACACCACAGCAGUUACAAAAGAAAUUCCCAUGGAUGAACACCGAUGGAGUUGCCAUAGCUUCACUUGGUCUGGAGAAUGAAGGUUGGUUUGACCCCUGGCUGCUGCUGAAUGCUUUCCGAAAGAAGGCGAUAUCAAUGGGUGUGUUUCCGUGUUAUGGAGAGGUGAUAGGUUUUCAAUGUUCAGCCAGAGAGAUGAAGACUGACGAUGGCAGGGGUGUCUCACUGAAAAGAAUUCACCAUGUCAAUGUCCGGAUGCCAAAUAGCAUAGAGUACCAACCAGUGGAAUGUGCAAUCGUAGUCAAUGAGGCCGGUGCAUGGUCAGGAAAAGUGGCAGAGAUGGCUGGGAUUGGUAAUGGACCUGAAGGCACCUUGGAGGGCAUAAAACUCCCAGUAGAGCCCAGAAAAAGAUAUGUGUAUGUCUUCCACUGUCCGAAUGGUCCAGGGCUGGAAUGCCCGUUGAUUGUUGACCACAAGGGAGCUUAUUGCCGUCGAGAAGGCUUUGGAGGAAACUACUUGGGAGGACUUUCUCCAACCAAGGAGGAUGAACCAGAUACCAGUGAUCUGGAGGUGGAUUAUGAAUAUUUCCAAGACUCAGUUUGGCCCACACUGGCUCAGAGAGUGCCUGCUUUUGUGUCCUUGAAGUUGAAAAGUGCUUGGGCAGGUUACUACGAUUACAACACUUUCGAUCAGAAUGCAAUCAUCGGAACUCAUCCAUUGGUUACCAACAUGUAUUUUGCAACUGGCUUCAGCGGGCAUGGCAUACAGCACUCACCUGCCGUGGGCAGAGCUAUUGCUGAACUCAUUCUUGAUGGAAAAUUCAAAACACUUGACCUAAGUGCAUUUGACUUUAUCCGAUUCUUCAGAGGAACCAAAGUACUGGAAAAUAACAUAGUGUGAAAUACUGCAAUCCUGUUGUAAUCAGAUAUUCUAGAAGACAUCCAAAAAUUAAUUUAAUUCACAGUUCGUCUCUACUUCACAAAAUGUAAUCAUGACUAAUCCUGGUCUUUGAUAUGUGGACGUUGGAUACUUUUGGACUGAAUUUUUAAAAGGAAUUUGAAUUUACUGUAAUUCAUCUCACAACUGAUCCUUGGCAGAUUGCAGACUAAAUGAUUGAGCUGUGUUCUUUGAAUUAUUAUUGCAAUGUGAUGACCUAGUAUCUGGUUUUUUAAAAAAAUCAAGACCUGUAGCAGCAUUUACAAUCAACAUUUCUAUUGCAGCACUUUUCCUUGGUGUUUAUUCUGAAAUGGUGCAACAAUUCAAAGUUUCAUUUAUCCCAAUGUACAACUCUUUCUCCCUUUUAAAACUCUGAUUUCUCAAGCUAUAUUUGUAUCACCUUAACCUUCUUGAUUCAUUUCUGUGCAAUGGCUUUUCAGUGCCAUGCAUCCCAUGUCCCUUGACAAUAAACUUGGCUUCCGUGAAUUUAUAUUCUAUGAAGUAGAAAAAUUAAUUGGCAUUGUAUUCAUUGUGUUUCUCUUUGGUAUAGGAAUACUUCUGAUUAAUAGAUUGAAAAAGAUUGUAUUUCUUGACUGUUGAUCCCUUCAGAGUGUUGAUAGGUGGUAGGGUCAGGGAGGAAAUCACAGUUCUAGUCAGAAGUGCUGGUGGUGUAGUGGACAGCAAAAACAGUUACAUCAGAAUAUAACAGGACCUUGUUCAGAUGGCCCAAUGGGUCAAUGAGUGGCAAAUAGAGUUUAAUAUUAGAUAAAUGUCAAGUGCUACAUUUUGGAAAGGCAAAUCAGGGCAGGACUUAUACACUUAAUGGUGAGGUCCUGGGGAAUGUUGCCAAAGGGACCUUGGAGUACAGGUUCAUAUUCCUGGAAAGUGGAGUUGCAGGUAGAGACGAUAGUGAAGAACAUGUUUGGUACAUUUGCCUUUAUUGUUCAGUGCAUUGAAUGUAGGAGUUGGGAGGUCAUGUUGCAGUUAUACAGGAUAUUGGGUAGGCCACUUUUGGAAUAUUGCAUUCAAAUCUGGUCUCCCUGUGAUUGAAGGAUGUUGUGAAACUUGAAAGUGUUCAGAAAAGAUUUACAAGGAUAUUGCCAGGGUUGGAGGAUUUGAGCUACAGGGAGAGGCUGAAUAGGCUGAGGUUAUUUUCUCGAGCGUCAGAGGCUUGGGGUGACCUUUAUAGAGGUUCAUAAAAUCAUGAGAGGCAGGGAUUGGGUGAAUAGUCAGACCUUUUCCCUCAAGGUAGGGAGUCCAAAACUAGAGGGUAUAGAUUUAAGGUGAGAGGGGAAGGAUUUAAAAGGGACCUAUGAGACAACUUUUACAUGCAGAGGAUGGUAUGUGUAUGGAAUGAACUGCUGGAGGAAAUGGUGGAGGCAAAUGAGGUGAUUAGUUGGUUAUUAAAUGAUCAUUUAACCUGAAACAAUGUGCUAGAUAUGGGAAAGGGCAGGAAAACCAAAUCAAAUUAUAAUAGAUAUUUUUGCUAUAUAUGUUGCGUUAACACGAAUUGCCUGUAAUGCAAUUGAUGAAUAGUGGACGCUGUUUGAAUAAUGCCUUUUAAAAUGUUGUACAAUUACAACAAUUUAAAAGGCAUUUGGAUGGGUAUAUGAAUAUGAAGUGUUUGGAGGGAUAUGGGCCAAAUGCUGGCAAAUGGGACUAGAUUAAUUUAUGAGAUUUGGUCAGCAUGAACAAGUUGCACCAAAGGGUCUGAUUCUGUGAUGUACAUCUAUAUGACUCUAAAUGAAUCUUAGAAAACCUCAAGUGUUCAUCUUAUUGUCAAACGAUAAAAUAGAAUAUGGAAAGCAGCAAGUCAUUCAGUCCGCAAACCCAAACCUGGGUUUAUUCUCCCCUCAAACCUCCACCAUCCUACUUCAUUUCACUGUCAGUAUAUUACCUUUUCUUGCAAUUGUUUUUUCCAGUUUGGCCUUAAAUGCAUCUGUACUAUUGUCUAAACGAUUCCGUGGUCAUAGUUCUACACUUCCACAUCUCGGGAUGAAGUUUUUUCUUCUGAGUUCACAAUUGGUUUUCUUGGUGACUGUCUUGUAUCGAUGACAUCUAAAUUAGCACUUUCCCCAAAGUAAAAAUAUUCAGUCUGUGUCUACACAUCAAAACCUUCCAUGAAACCUGAGAAACAAAACCGGAGGCAAUACCAAUCACCCUAACAAACUGAGUAUCUUAAUAACAAGUGGGAUGCUUUACUGGAGGUGCACUGACGAUGUUACCUAACAGGGUGACGAAACAUUUGUAACCAAAGCCAUUGGCUCAGCGAACAUAUCUACAACUUCAAAACCUUUCAUGUUUUGUAAUCUCUGCUUUGCCUUCCCCUUUCAAACAAAGACAGCCAGCAUGUUCACCCUUGAUAGAUGCAUUCUUUAUUAUAUAGGAAUAUAGUCCUUAUUUAAAUUUUUCUGCAGUUUACCAGACUCAUUUUUUAAUAUAAUGUCCAGAAUUGUACACAGUACUCUGAUCAAGUUCGAUCAAGUAUUUAGCAUUUGUGUUUGAAAUUCAGUUGUUAAUUAUACAAUCAUACUGCCAGUUUUUUUUUAAAUUUCUUCUAGUGAUUUGUUGCAGUCCAUCUCAGUAUUGACUGUUGUUUAAAAUCUCAUCUAUAUAUAAUACAGCAUUUAUUUUCAAAGCUAUUAAGUUUAUUAUAUAUGCUUUAAAGUUCAGUAAACAUUCAAUUUUUUUAAAAAAUUCCGAACUUGCAACAGUAGGGAGUAUGUUGUGUAUUUGUGCUAAAGAUUUUAGCCUUAUGUUCUCCAGCACAAGGAGACAGAGUGCCUAUCCAGACCAUCAGGUCCCAGGUAUGAUCCUUGGUUUGCAAUACUGUUGCAUGUUUGAGGAAUAAUUGUUUAUUAGGUUUACCAAAAGCAUUUUCUUCAAUAAUACGUUAGAAAUUUACGCAUCAAUCUGAGAGAAUAUCUGGGGUCUUGAAAACAACACAGCCAACAAUGCUGCACCCCUGUUUAUCAAUAUUAGAGUCUCAGCCCAGAUUUAAAUUAGACUUAAGCCCACCAUCUUGUGGCUUGUCUGAAAUUUAUAAAAGGAAAUUAGGCUUGGUUUUGAAAGACUCUGUUGCCAAAUUGUCCCUAUUCCUGGAAUUGAAAAUAGAUCUUUCCCUGUUCCAAAUCUGUAAUUGAUAACUUCUGAUAUGUUAGCUAUAAUACUUCCUUGAAGGCACUAUUUCUUUUAUGGACUGAGGUGAAUGUCAAUUUUUUUUUUUGCUUUGGUUGAUUCCAUUGCCAUUAGGGUUCUUUAAUAUUUGAAAUGGAAAGAUUCUAGAUAUCUGUAGAGUUCUUGGCUUGUGCUGAGUUCAGUAUUUGUUGUUCUUCCAAAUAGUGAUUUUUUUUUAAACCAAAUUGAGCUUUGGAUCCCUUAGACUCAAUCAUAUAGCACAGAAACAGACUCUUUGGUCCAACCAGUCCAUGCCAAACAUAAUUCCAAACUAAACUAGUCCCACCUGCCUGCUCCUAGCCCAUAUCCCUCCAAACCUUUCCUAUUCUUGUACUUAUCUAAAUGUCUUUUCAACGUUGUAACUGUACCCACAUUUACCACUUCCUCAGAAAAUUCAUUCCACAUAUGAACCACCCUCUGUUUAAAAACAAAAUUGCUUUCAUGUCUUUUUUUUCCCCCUCACCUUAUAAAUAUGAAAAUGUCCCCUAGUCUUGAAAUCCCCCAACCUAGGGAAAAGACAAAUAUCCCUUUAUUAUUUUAUAAACUUCUUUUAGGUCAUCUCUCAACCACCUACACUCCAGUGAAAAACGUCCCAGCCUGUUAAAUUGUUCUUAUAUCUCAAACCUUCCAUACUGGUAAAUAUCUUCUGAACCCUCUCCAGCUUAAUAAUAUCCUUUCUGUAGCUGUGCAAACAGAACUGGACACAGUGCUCAAGGAGAGGCCUCACCAACAUCCUGUGCAACCUCAACAUGACUUUGCUCAGUCCUUUUGAGUAUAGGAGUUGCAAUGAAAACAAGCAUGCUAAACGCCUUUUUAAACCACCCUAUCUAUAUGUGUUGCAGACUUCAAAGAAUCAUGUACCUGUACCCCGAGGUCCCUCUACUCUACGACACUAUCCAAGCCCUACCCCUGUUUGUUCUACCAAAAUGCAAACCUCAUAUUUAUCCAGACUGAAGUCCAUCUGCCAUUUUUCAGCCCAUUGACCCAUUUGAUCAAGAUCCCUUUGUAAUAUUAGAAAAACCUUCUUCAGUGUCUACCAAGCCACCAAUUUUGGUGUCUUCUGAAAACGUACUAACCAUGCCUUCGCCAUUCUCAUCCAAAUCAUUUCUAUAAAUGACUGACAAAAGAGGACCUAGAACCGAUUAGCAAGCACUUCAAAUUUUGUCCAAAAAGAGACAUUUUUAGUCACUUGUAUGAUUAUAUGCUUUUUGGAUAUUUGUACCAGAUAAGUGUCAUAAAUGCAAAGCAAGUUGUUGUGCCAAUUAGCCAGAUAAAUGUAUUAAAUCUGCAUGUUGGCUUGAUUUUGAAAAGUGA